AUGCUUCGUCGUGUCGAGAAGGACGAAGACGACAUCGACGAAGAGAGAGGGUUUUCCAUGAAGGAGUUGUUCGCGAAGUUCAAUCCAGCCAAGGCUAAGAAGCAUAUCGCAAAAAUCGAAAAAGCUCUGAAGGAUGCAGGCGACCACGAUAAUUGGCUCAGAUUGCAGGCACUGAAGCUCAAACACGGCAUUAACUAG